AUGGUAUCUGCUGGAGAUAAUGUAUCUGGGACGCCUGCGGCCAAGAUGAAGAUAUUGUUACUGGAUAGCGAAACCGUUUCCAUUGUGUCAACCGCCAUCACACAAUCCGCCCUUCUAAACCACGAGGUUUACCUUAUCGAUCGAUUAGACAACCAGAAUCGGGAGAAGAUGCGACAUUUAAAAUGCAUAUGCUUUGUACGGCCAUCCGCCGAUUCGAUACAGUUCCUCAUUGACGAAUUCCGAGAACCAAAGUAUGGAGAAUACAAUGUGUAUUUCAGCAAUAUCGUCAAAAAAUCGUCGCUGGAAAGAUUGGCAGAAGCGGAUGACCAUGAGGUUGUUAGGACGGUACAAGAACAUUUCGCAGAUUAUCUAGUGGUCAAUCCGGACCUGUUUACACUGGAUAUGGCAUUUCCAAAACAGCGGAUAUGGAGUUCAAAUCCAGAUCAAUGGAACGGAGAUGCUUUGCAGAGGUCGACGGAAGGAGUGAUUGGGCUUUUGUUGUCUCUGAAAAAGAGGCCGUUAAUACGGUAUGAGAAAAACAGUCUCUUAGCCAAGAAACUGGCGACUGAAGUACGAUACCAAAUGACACAAGAGGACCAAUUAUUCGAUUUCAGAAAGGUCGACACACCUCCAAUAUUGUUGAUACUUGACCGGAGGGACGAUCCAAUAACACCCCUAUUGACACAGUGGACGUACCAAGCAAUGGUUCAUGAGAUUCUUGGAAUACACAAUGGCCGAGUAGAUCUGAAUGAUGUUCCAGAUAUUAGGCCGGAGCUGAAAGAGGUGGUCUUAUCACAAGACCAAGAUCCAUUCUUCAAGAAGAACAUGUUUUUGAAUUUUGGAGAUCUUGGAGGGAAUAUCAAGGACUAUGUUGAGCAGUAUCAAUCGAAGACAAAGAACAGCUCAAACAUUGAGUCAAUAUCAGACAUGAAACGAUUUAUUGAGGAGUAUCCUGAGUUCAGAAAGCUUUCUGGCAACGUCAGCAAACAUGUUACUUUAGUUGGCGAACUAAGCCGCAGAGUUGGAGCAGAAAAUCUGCUGGAAGUUAGUGAGGUGGAACAGAGUCUGGCAUGCAAUGAUAACCAUGCCGCGGAUCUAAAGAACGUCCAAAGACUUAUCCAAUCCCCAACAGCGACUCCUGAUGCCAAACUCAGGCUUGUUGCGUUGUAUGCGCUUCGAUAUCAAAAACAUCCAUCGAACGCGUUGCCAGUAUUAGUAGAUCUCUUGAGUGCUGCUGGAAAUGUAUCACAACGAAAAAUCGAUCUCGUUGCCAAAAUUCUCACCUACCAUUCGUCUCUCCAGCAGGUUCAGUCUACUGGUGGCAUUUCAGACAUGUUUGAGUCAGCAGGCAUCUUCUCCGGAGCAGCAGGUAGAUUCAAGGGACUUAAAGGUGUAGAAAACGUGUACACCCAGCACACACCAAGGUUAGAGUUAACAUUACAGAACCUCAUCAAAGGUCGUUUACGUGAUCAACAAUAUCCAUUUGUUGAAGGAGGCGGUACCACCAAAGAUAAACCCCAGGAUAUUGUGGUGUUCAUGAUUGGAGGUGCAACAUUUGAAGAAGCCAAAACAGUCUCGUCGCUUAAUGCUUCGUCGCCUGGGAUCAGAAUAGUAUUAGGCGGAACCAGUAUACACAAUAGCACCACUUUCUUGGAAGAAAUGGAAGAUGCAGUAAGUUCUUGGCCAGAACCGGCGCCCACGACAGCUGCUGCAAGGUUAAGAAAGGAGACAGGGAGGGUUUGA